AUGGCUGGGAAUAAAGGAAGAGGACGUGCUGCUUAUACCUUCAAUAUUGAGGCCGUUGGAUUUAGCAGAGGUGAAAAGUUACCUGAUGUAGUAUUGAAACCACCCCCACUGUUUCCUGAUACAGAUUAUAAGCCAGUGCCACUGAAAACAGGAGAAGGUGAAGAUUACAUGCUGGCCUUGAAACAGGAGUCAAGAGAAACAAUGAAAAGAAUGCCUUAUUUUAUUGAAACACCUGAGGGAAAACAAGAUAUUGAAAGAUAUAGUAAAAGAUAUAUGAAGGGCUACAAAGAAGAAUGGAUACCAGAUUGGAGAAGACUUCCAAGAGAGCUGAUGCCAAGGAAAAAAUGCAAAAAAGGUACAUUGACUAAUGUAAUAGUAAUUCAGGAAUUGGAAAAGCGAGGUGAUGGUGAAAAAUCAGAUGAGGAAAAUGAAGAGAAAGAAGGAAGCAAAGAGAAAAGUAAAGAUGGCGAUGACGAUGAUGACGAUGAUGCUGCAGAACAGGAGGACUAUGAUGAAGAAGAGCAAGAGGAGGAGGCUCUAUAUGGUGACUGUAUAAUAUUUAAACUAGAAGAACUGUUCUCUGUACAUAAAUGGACUGUUUCCUAA